GGACGGAAAAAAAAUGAAAAGAAAACAGGGGAAGGGAAGAAAAAAAAAUAAAAAAAGAUAAACGAAUUUGAUCCCAUUUAGUAUAAAGUUAUAAACAAGUAUUAAGAGUUUCUUUUUCUUUUCUUUUUGAUACUUAUUAUUAAUUAUUUGUUUUUUAUAAAAGAGAAGAAACCCCACCUCCACAGCCUCUAUUUAAUACAACCCCGCUCUUCAUAUGCGGAGACAACCUAUCUAUCUGUCUAUGUAUCUCUGAAGACCAAAAAAAACUUUAUUUCCCAUUCAUUAAACACAUAUAGGAGCGAGUGAGGAAGUCAAAGUGUGAUUAAGAGAGAGUGUUUGAGUGCUCUUUACGAGAGUAUCUCUUUAAGUGUAGUGGAAAAACGCCAUUGUAAUUCCAUCAAAACUACUCUUCGAGUUUCUUUCGAUCAUCAUUAUGUGUAAUCCUACUACUAAUACUUGUACUAGUUCUACAACAACCAAAGAAACAGAGCAUAAUAUUAAGGAGCCACAAACCCAUCUAUUUCUCGACCUUUUAUCCUUAUCCAACACCAAUAUUAAAGAUCAAGAAAAGACCACCUCGGCAAAACCUGAUGAUGAUCACUACCAACAACCGAACAGUUUCACAUCUGACAUAAUCUCUGAAGCCAAAUCUCUCUUCAACUUGGGUUUUCCUAUUGCCUUGACAGCUCUCAUUCUCUACUCACGCUCAAUAAUCUCCAUGCUUUUUCUCGGACACCUUGGCGAUUUCCAACUUGCAGCAGGGGCUCUCGCCAUCGCCUUCGCCAACAUCACAGGCUACUCUGUUUUGUCGGGUUUAGCUUUGGGUAUGGAGCCCCUGUGUUCCCAGGCUUUUGGGGCCCAACGUCCGAAACUCCUCUCCAUUACCCUACACCGCUCAAUCAUCUUCCUCCUUGUUUCGUCCUUACCCAUUUCGUUUCUAUGGCUCAACAUGUCCAGAAUCCUCUUCUGUUUGAACCAGGACCCAAGUAUCACAACUAUGGCUCACACUUACCUUCUCUUCUCACUCCCUGACCUCUUCACCAACUCAUUCAUACACCCAAUCCGCAUUUACCUUCGCUCCCAAGGGAUCACAGUCCCGCUCACUUUAGCAUCCCUCGCCGGGACACUUCUCCACUUCCCACUCAACUUUCUUCUCGUGACUCGGCUCAAGCUCGGCGUAGCCGGCGUCGCUGCAGCUUCUUCCGCGGUUAACCUUUUUGUACUCCUCUGUCUCGUUACUUACGUCUGGUGGGAUUCCGGUUUGCUGGAGCCGGCAUGGUCGGCUCCGAGUCGAGAGUGCUUGAGCGGCUGGAAGCCUCUUCUCCGUUUGGCUGCGCCGAGCUGUGUCUCCGUUUGUUUGGAGUGGUGGUGGUACGAGAUCAUGAUCGUGUUGUGUGGUUUUUUAGCGGACCCCAAAUCAACAGUCGCUUCCAUGGGGGUGCUUAUCCAAACGACGUCGUUGAUCUACGUUUUCCCGUCUUCGCUCGGGUUUGCUGUAUCGACUCGGGUCGGGAAUGAACUCGGGGCAAACCGGCCAUACAGAGCGAAGCUAUCGGCUGUGGUGGCAGUUUUGUUGGCUUUCGUGACGGGCCUAUCAGCGAUGAGCUUCGCUUACGGGAUGAAGGACACGUGGGGCAGGAUGUUCACGAGUGAUGCCGAGAUCCUACGGCUGACGUCGGCUGCUCUGCCAAUCCUAGGGCUAUGCGAGCUUGGUAACUGUCCGCAGACGGUGGGAUGUGGGGUCCUCAGGGGGAGUGCGCGUCCCUGCACCGCUGCUAACGUGAACGUUAGCGCAUUCUAUCUGGUGGGCAUGCCUGUUGCGAUUGGGCUGAGCUUUUGGGUCGGGAUUGGGUUUUGUGGGCUCUGGAUGGGGUUAUUGGCGGCCCAAAUAUGUUGUGCUGGGCUUAUGCUCUACGUAGUUGGGACCACAGAUUGGAAUUUCGAAGCUAAGAGGGCCCAAAUGCUAACAUGCGCUGGCUGUGAAGAUAACAUUCUACCUAGUAUCGAUUGUAAGGAUGAUGAGGAACAGCCAUUAAUUUGUAUUGUGGUUACUUCUUCUAAAUAAUCCAACAACUCAAUUUAGUAAAUCUAAUAUGUAACAUCUUCUCUAGUUUUUCCUUAACAUUUUUUUUAAAAAAUUUCACUGUUAUUGUUUAUUACCACUGACUUUUUUUCCCCUUACUCUUAAGGAGGGUAACCUGAGACAUUUUUGUUUCAUCUUAUUAAUCAUGUGAUUGUUUAACCAGUUAAA